AUGAGCGAAGACCUUAAUAGGCCGCCAAGUCCCACGCGUGAUAAUGCGAAGCACCGCAGGACCUCUCAUGGACCGAAAGCCGUCAGGUACUGGCCCGGAAAGGCCCCAGAGUAUGCGAAAGAUACGCAAUCGAACAGUGAAUAUGACUCCGAUGAUGGUUCUGAUGUGGCUCAAACUGCUCUAGAACAGGAUCCACGGUAUUCAAGGUACACUAACUCAACAGGUAUGAACUGUACCCCGGAAGAUAUACUAAUAGUCACAGAUUCCGUCGAUGAUAACCAAAGAUCCGGUAGACGACGGGCGCCUGCCGCUACCAUUCUUGUUGAACGCGAAGUAGACAGAGAUAUAGACGAGGGGACAGCUCGACAUGAUACCGAUGUUGCAACGGAACCAGAUGAAAUAGCAGCUACACGGGACCGAUCUGCAAUAAGGUCUCGCGCUAUGGCAUAUCGCAAGGAAGAAGAAUCAAAAAUUGAUGAAAAUGAUACGGUAUUAAACUCAUUAGAAGAAGAAGAGGAAUUAUCGGAAUCCGAUAUAGACAAUGAUAUGGAUAGGUCAUACGACCAAUCUGAUAAUGAAGAGAGUUCAUCUGCACUUGCAAGGCCAGUGUUCGUACCGAAGAAACGGAGACUUACAGUUUUAGAAAAACAACAAAUUGAAAGAGAGGAACAAAGAAAAUUAGAAUGCGAACGACAACGUGCUAUUGAACGACAGAAACAGAGCAAAGAUCUUCUGAUACAAACACUAGUUUCAGAAGUAGCACAUCAGGAUACAGAAAAUAACGCGGAAAUGAUAGAUGAUACUGAUGAAUUGAAUGAAAAGGAAUAUGAAUUGUGGAAAAUUCGUGAACUAAAACGGGUGAUAAGAGACCGAGACGAAAGGACCGCACAUGAACGAUUGGCUGCGGAAGUUGAAAGAAGAAGACAUAUGACAGAAGAUGAAAGAUUACUAGAUGAUGAACGGAUAGAUCGUGAAAAGGUGCAACGGGCACCAAGAAGCAAGAUGAAAUUCCUACAAAAGUAUUACCACAAAGGUGCUUUCUUCAUGGAUAAGCUAGAAGAUGGGUCAGAACCGUUAUAUAACCGCGAUUUUAACGCACCAACUGCAGAUGAUUGUGUCGAUAAGUCACUGAUGCCAAAACCUUUGCAGGUACGCCGUGGUCUAUACGGUAAGAUGGGACAAGUAAAACACACCCAUCUCACGGCCGAAGAUACAACAAGGUUCGAUAUGCCUUGGAACAAGGCGACAAAUAAGUUCACACCAGCUGGGACACACAAUACUUUUGAUCGUCCCUCGCGAAAAUCAAAUAAAAAAAAGUGA